GGAAGCGUGGACAGGCUCCCGCCUCAGGAGAAAAGGCCCGCUCGGCGCUUCCGGGAGUCCCGAGGCCGCGGCCAGUACCGGCAGCCUCCGGCACCUCAGGGAGUCUCGGACGUGAGGCCGGAGGCCCCACACCCCGCGGAGCCCAGAUGCCCGUCCAGCCUCCAAGCAAAGACACCGAGGAGAUGGAAGCAGAGGGCGACUCGGCCGCCGAGAUGAAUGGGGAGGAGGAAGAGAGCGAGGAGGAACGGAGCGGCAGCCAGACCGAGUCCGAGGAGGAGAGCUCAGAGAUGGACGACGAGGACUACGAGCGCCGCCGCAGCGAGUGCGUCAGCGAAAUGCUGGACCUGGAGAAGCAGUUCUCGGAACUGAAGGAGAAGUUGUUCAGGGAACGGCUGAGUCAGCUGCGGUUGCGGCUGGAGGAGGUGGGAGCUGAGAGGGCGCCCGAAUACACAGAGCCUCUCGGGGGGCUGCAGCGGAGCCUCAAGAUCCGCAUUCAGGUGGCAGGGAUUUACAAGGGCUUCUGUCUGGACGUGAUCAGGAACAAGUACGAGUGUGAGCUGCAGGGAGCCAAGCAGCACCUGGAGAGUGAGAAGCUGCUGCUCUACGACACGCUGCAGGGGGAGUUGCAGGAGCGGAUCCAGAGGCUGGAGGAGGACCGCCAGAGCCUGGACAUCAGUUCUGAGUGGUGGGAUGACAAACUGCACGCCAGAGGCAGCUCGAAGACCUGGGACUCCCUGCCGCCCAGCAAGAGGAAGAAGGCCCCUCUUGUUUCCGGCCCUUACAUCGUGUACAUGCUGCAGGAGAUCGACAUCCUGGAGGACUGGACGGCCAUCAAAAAGGCGAGAGCAGCCGUGUCCCCUCAGAAGAGAAAAUCAGAUGGACCUUGACCCUGCUGUUCACAGCCAGGGGGCCCUUGGAGCAGCUGGCAGCAAACCCAGCAUUUGAACUUACCUGCUGCAGAAAGGCAGACGGACGGGCCCCUCGGUGUCUGCCCAGCCAGCCCUCCCGUGCUGCUGUGGCCCUCCCCUCCAGCCGCCACUGGUCUGGACUCCUCCUCUGCCUCUCCUCGGGCCCCUGUUCAACUGUGGCCUGGAGCUGCCCUAGCCAGGCAAGACUGUCUCCUCCAUCCCCGGCCAGCCCAGCACCUGCCCCCACCGAAGGUCAGCCUUCGCGGUGCCCUCCCUGAUGGAAGACGUGCCUCAUCUUAAUCCAAAGCAACAUCCUUUCUGCUGACCUUGGACCCGGCUCCCUAGUCACCGAGCCAGUGAGCUGGGUCCCACUUCACAGGAACUCUGGGCCAGAAAUGAUAUUUGGGGGACCUUUGUGUCCUGGCUGUUGCUGGAGGUGAGAAGGCAGGCUCCACAGGUCUUCCUUCUCAAGGCGGUUCCUGGUGUGCGCCUCCCAGAUUUCAGGGACUGGAAUUAAAACCUUUCCUGGGA